AUGGACAUUCCCACGAUGCUGAUGUUCGACAGCCCUUCAUAUGUCCCUCGUCAAGUUUACCCGCAUACAACCGGCUGCUACGGACGCUACGGGCCCCCCGGAUGGCCUUUCGACGAUAGUCGCAGCUUGCGUGAUCUUGCAAUCGAACGCAUGUUCAUACGCUGUGGCGGCAUGGAAGGAAUACAGCAUAUUAGCCACGGCCACAUGGAUUGGGUGGCGUGCCAAAACCUGAAUGACUCUUGCGUGAGCUAUACAAUGGUAAUGACCUGUCCCCAGUUUCGUGCCUUACACAUCAUCACCGAAACCAACGCGGUAGAAAUGAGUCCUGAGGAGCUGGUGAUCAGACGACAACUAGAGGAUUUGGGAGUGGAGCUCAAGUUUUAUGAGCAAGACAUACUGCACGGUGUGGAUUACGCGAUCCUGGAAGAUGAAGGCUGGAUAGUAAAUGAUAAGAUUGGAGGUUCGCUUGACUUUCAAUUCUCGUCCAAGGAAACAUCGUCUCGAGUCUUUGAGCCCCGAGAGAUCGCACGUUAUCGAAGCUGUGCACUAUUCGAGAACAUAGUAUGGUACUUUAUUUGUUUUUAA